GCCGAUAUUCUCGAAAUGUAAAGUCUUUCGAUCAGGCCUUGUUCAUUCGUGCUGAUAAAAGUAGGGAUAAACGCCGGCUAUCGAUCUAAAUCAACAUGGGCCCAUCUAGAGAGAGUCGCAAAACUAUGCGAUCUGCGACUCUAUCAUUUUGUUGGUGGGCCGGACCUGUCCGUGAGAGCUCGAGCUUUUAUUCCUUCUCGGCCUGAGGAUGUUUUGGUCUAGGAAAAGACGUCUACGGGAUGGGCAUCCCUUGAGACGCUUCCCUUACUCCCGGAAUCCCUUCUGGGGUAUAUUGAUAAAUAUAUUGACGAUUGUUUGCCGGCAUGCCUAAUAGAAUGUAGUAAUGCUCUUGUGAGCGUCGCUUCGCAGAUCAGAUCCACUCACGGUCUUCUGCCAGAGGCGUUCAGACUCUGGACAGCUAACCAACUUCUCAUGAAGGGUUGGCAAUCCGAUGCUAGUGCCAAAUGUACAGAUCCUCGGAACCCGUACUACGGGACUCGGCCGGCACCCGCUGUCGUUUCCGAACAGCUUGAUGCUCUUCUCGAAUCGUAUAUAACAGAAAAAGAAAAGAUAUUGCUGGAAAGAUCACAACACGCAUCGGAAGAGUGUUAUCAGCACGAUGGGAAGGAGGCCUACGUACAAUACCGCGAAGAAGCUUACUUUGCAUUUCUUGUGUUGAUGGCAACCGUGGAGCGAGAUAUAUGGAGGCUUAUGUACUGGCCAAGGCACCCACAAGAGGCACAUAACAAUUGAACGGUCAUAUGAAAC